ACCACCUGAAACACAAAAGCAUAUGGUUCUUUUAAGAUGUACAUGAACCUAAACAGGAGAAAACAACCAAUAAGUAAAGGCAAGUCAAUUUGAGGGAAGAAAAAAAAGACAAAACAAGAGCCAAGUUGAGAGUUGAAAAAAUUUUGUGUAACAGCACAUUAGGAAACAAUUCAAUCCUUAUAGUUAUCAAAUACAAAAAUAAUAGGCAAGCUUGAUCAUGGUAGAUAUUGAUUAAGGAAUAUUUUGUAUGAACAGUUCUUUCAAAAUGUAGAGGAGAAAAUGAAAGAACUCGUUUAAGAUGAUCUGGGCAUUUGUAAAAACGGGGUAUUAAUGAACCGAUAAGGAAAAUCGAAAGUUGAAACUCAGGGGACUUGACAAGAAGGCGGAAUUAUCGAAGAUGACCUAGAGGGCUGGAGUGGAAAAAGAUAUUAUGUUGAGAUGGUUCAUGUAGCGGACCCCAAUCAUUUGGGAUUAGGGUUUAGCAUUGUUAUUGACAAAAUCUAAAUUAAUUUGUGUAAAAUACAGAGUAUAAUAAGAGUAUCAAUAAAAGGUAUUGUGUGCUGGUGGUCCUGCAUUUCUGAUUGAUCAGAACAUAAUACUGCUAUACACUCAAAUUCAGACAUUUUAACAGUGAAAAGGCACGUAUAUAAUCUUAUUCUCUACAUAUGUUGGUGGGUACAGCAUAAAGCCUCUUUAUAGUAAUUAUGUACCCUCUCCCUUUCUUCAGUAGUGAUUAGUACAGGAAGAACCUUCUUUUUCCAUCAAGUCUCAUUACUGCUGCAUCCAAUUAUCUCCUCAAUCAUGCUAGCUAUAUACAUACUCUCUUCUUUGCUCCUUUACCUGCAACCACCAUAUUAGACAAAUUUCUCUCCUUCCCCCUUCAAAUUUCUCCCACCAGGGACAGCCAUGGCUUGUGAAUCCUUCUACGUACCUUCUUUCAUAUUAAUACUUUCACUUCUUAACUCUCUUCAAGCCACUGAUAGUUUUAAUCCGUCUCAAUAUUUCGCCCUUAUGAAAAACACUCUCUCGGGUGAUGCCUUGUCUACCUGGGAUUCCCAGGGAGAGAAUUCAUUUUGCAACUACACGGGAAUCACCUGCAAUAUCCAAGGCCAAGUCACAAAGCUUAACAUCUCAGGCUGGUCAUUGAAAGGCUCACUUCCACCAUAUGUGUGCUCUUACCUGACCGAGCUGCGUGUACUUGACAUUAGCAACAACUUGUUUCAGGGAAAGUUUCCCGAUGGCAUCAUCAAUUGCUCUCUUUUGGAAGUGUUGAACUUGAGUUCCUUGUAUCUCAGUGGCAAACUGCCGAAUUUCUCCCGCAUGAAAUCCCUCCGUUCACUUGACUUAUCAUACAAUUUAUUUGAUGGAGAUUUCCCCAUGUCCAUCAUGAACCUCACCAAUCUGGAGGCAAUCAACUUUAAUGAGAACAGCAAUCUGAAACGCUGGGAACUUCCGGAGAAUAUCACACAGCUGAAAAGACUUAAGUCGUUGAUCUUGUCAACGAGCAUGGUUCAAGGUCAAAUUUUACCAUCUAUAGGAAACAUGACAUCUCUUGCUGAUCUUGAACUGAGUGGAAACUAUCUCCGUGGUCAGAUUCCUCCCGAGCUAGGAAACCUGAAGAAUCUGAAGUCCCUCAUGCUCUAUUAUAAUGAGCUCACAGGUUCCAUACCAGACGAGUUGGGUAAUCUAACAGACCUUACGGAUAUGGAUAUGUCGGUGAACAAAUUGACAGGAAGUAUACCGGAUUCACUAUGCCGCCUUCCCAAACUCAAGGGUUUGCAGCUUUACAAUAACAGCCUCACAGGAGAACUUCCAUCUGCCUUGGGGAACUCGACUACUUUAAGCUUCAUAUCAAUCUACGACAACUUUCUUACAGGUCAAGUUCCCAAAACUCUCGGGAAGUUUUCACCUAUGGUUCUAUUAGAUCUGUCGGAGAAUCAUUUAUCGGGUACAUUGCCCCCAGAAAUCUGCAACGGAGGUAAACUUGUGUACUUUCUCGUAUUAUCUAAUAUGCUUACAGGAGAAAUACCUGAAAAUUAUGCACAGUGCACAUCACUUGUACGUUUUCGUGUCAGCAACAACCACUUACAAGGGUCGAUACCACAAGGACUUUUUGGUCUCCCCCAUGUAUCAAUAAUUGAUUUAGCGGUUAACCAACUGACGGGUCCUAUAGCCCCAUCAAUAGGGAAUGCCAAAAACCUAUCAGAGUUCUUUGCUGAGAACAACAGAUUAUCUGGGACUUUACCCCUGAAGAUCUCUGGAGCAGUCAGUUUAGUAAAAAUUGAUCUUAGCAAUAAUCUUCUGUUUGGCCCUAUUCCUAAAGAAAUUGGUGACCUCAAAAAGCUAAAUCUCUUGUUGUUACGUGGCAACAAGCUCAAUUCUUCCAUUCCCGAUUCACUAGUUAAACUGAAAUCCCUAAAUCUCCUUGAUUUGUCAAACAACCAACUCACAGGAAAUCUCCCCGAGAGUCUAUCUGAAUUGAUCCCCAACUCUGUUAACUUCUCAUAUAAUCAUCUUUAUGGUCCAAUUCCUUCUUCCCUAAUUGAAGACGGUCUAGAAGAAAGCUUUGUAGGUAAUCCAGGGCUGUGUGUAACAGCAUACACUAAGUCAUCAUUUAGAAACUUUCCACAAUGUGCGCAAACAGACAAUCAGAAGAAACUGAACCUGAUGUGGUUAACAGUGGCUUUGAUAAUUCUUUUCGUACUUGGAACUAUCUGGGUAUUUAAGCGAAGGUUAAGCAAAGGCCAAUCGUUGAUAGGACAUGACGAGACCAUGUCAUCAUCUUUCUGCUCAUAUGAUGUUAAAAGCUUCCAUCGAAUAAGUUUCAAUCAGUGUGAGAUCUUAGAAGCCAUGGUUGACAAAAACAUACUUGGUCAUGGAGGAUCCGGAACAGUCUAUAGGAUGGGCCUAAGCAAUGGGGAGAUUGUUGCAGUGAAGAAGCUAUGGAGUCGGAAAACAAAGGACAAUGUCUCGGACGACCAACUCUUCGUAGACAAGGAACUUGAGACAGAAGUUCAGACACUAGGAAACAUAAGACACAAAAACAUCGUAAAACUGUACAGCUACCUGUCAAAUUUCGAUAGUAGCUUGCUGGUUUAUGAGUAUAUGCCUAAUGGAAAUCUCUGGGAUGCCUUACACAAAGGAAAGAUCUUAUUGGAUUGGCCAACCCGCCAUCAAAUUGCCUUAGGGGUUGCCCAGGGCUUAGCUUACCUGCAUCAUGAUCUACUGCGACCGAUUGUGCACAGAGACAUCAAGUCAUCCAAUAUCCUCCUCGAUGUUGAUUUCCAACCCAAAGUUGCAGACUUUGGUGUGGCCAAGGUUCUGCAAGCCAAGGGUGGGAAAGAUUCUAGCAAUACAAUUAUUGCAGGCACAUAUGGCUACAUGGAUCCUGACUAUGCAACUACAUCCAAGGCAACAACUAAGUGUGACGUCUACAGUUAUGGGGUAGUGUUGAUGGAACUUGUUACAGGGAAGAAGCCGGUGGAGGCAGAGUUCGGUGAGAAUAAGAACAUAAUAAAUUGGGUUUCCACCAAUAUCGAAACCAAGGAAGGAGCAAUGGAAAUCUUGGACAAACAAAUCUCGGGUAUGUACAGGGAAGAUAUGAUUCAAGUGAUCCGCCUAGCCAUUCGAUGUACAGCUAGAACCCCUACUCCACGCCCAACAAUGAGUGAAAUUGUGCAGUUUCUAAGCGAGAUAGACCCGUGCAGAUUCGAUUCUAGAAAGUCGACAAAAGACACAAUGAAUCCCACAAAAAUAAAUAAAACUUGUCAACUAUGACCACACAGUAAAUAGAAAACAUCUAAAGCAAAGCUAUUGAGCAUCUGUACAAAAAGCAUCAUCUAGGAGACUCUUCAUAAGGAAAUUAGGCCUCUUUUGUUUCUUUUAUUGAAAAAGUAGUAGGUAGAUUCUAUCGUUUCUUUUUUUUCUCCCCCCACCUUCCGUCUGAGCCCUCUUGUAAGAUAUGAGGAAUGUAAUCAAUAUAACUGCUUUCUAGCAAAGCAAGCAUCUACAUUGCACAAACCAUAAAGAAAAAUAAUUUUUUAGCUUUUAGUUUUCUGUUUUUUCCCCUCUUUUUAUCUCUUCUUUAUCUUAUGAGUGUGACAAAAGGAGAAAAGGAAGCUUUCUGGAAAGGAAAAAAAAAUUCAAAGUGGGUUGUUAAAUAUAAACAUAAAAAAACAAAUGGCAUGGUGGAGGGUCCAAUUUAGCCAUCAGUUAUCUAGUAUAUGUAAAAUAGAGAGUAAAACAAAGAAAGAUGAUUGAUUGAGGAGCAACUUUGUCUCAGGCUGAAGGAUAAAGCACAAACUGCAUUAGAAAGGAAUUCAUUAUGCUGUUUUAUUUAAUAUUAUAUACACUGAAAUUUGAUACAUGUGUUGGAAAUUGAAAUAAAGAAAGUAACAGACUCAAUGAACCACAGAUAGUGAGGGCGUGUGGCCAUGAUACCCCAACUCUUCAACUGAGCUCACUUAUUCAGCAAUACUUCUGUUUUUGGGUAAAAUAUGGUAAUACUUCCGUUAUAUAAUCACUUGGUCAGAUUCUUGCAUUGUUUAAACAAAUCAUUAUAGAUUUAUAGUCAAAAGAUCUACAUUUCUCACAACCUCAAGCACCUUUUACUGCCUUUUGUAGAUAUAAACUCGCAGAAAAACAACAUACUUCUACUAGAACCAAAACAUAACAAUUUCCUUCUAGUUUCUAUUCCAUUAUUCGUUAAUUUGUACAUGAAACAACCCAGAACCAAAUAGAACUUCAUCAAAGGUUUUAUAAAUUGGGCAUUACAUCCCAACUGUACUACCAAUGGUGAAUCUAUGAUAUUAGUAUAGGUUGGGUGAAUAGUCACUUUUGCUUGUGUGUUGUCAGUUAUCAUUAUCGUGUUUUAUAU